AUGGAUUAUACUCAGUUUAAGACGUCGGAUAUGGAUGCAAGACAUGUUAAGCCGCCGGAUAUUCUGUCAUCUUCGUCAAACCCUAAUAAGGGUUUUGCGUCAAGGUUGUUGAACAUUGACGGCAAAACAUUCUGCCCGCGUAGAGGAGUUUUGUCUGAUCAUCAACAGGGACAAAAGAUAGUUAACAUCAUAGAUGAACUUACCAAGGUCACAGUUCCAGUUGAUAAUAAAGCCGAUGGUCAUGGUGCCGAUAAACCUGAUGCUGUGCAUGAUGAGAUUUUCUGGGGAACUUAUAAGGAGGAAAAAUCAGCCUCGUAUGCUGAUAAGGUGCAGUCUACUUUUAAGAAAAGAGAGGUAAAUUUCAGACUUAUGGAACCUAUGGAAACAAGAGAUGAUGCGGAUAUUGUUAUACCGAGAGAGGUGGUGCAGCAGGUUCAACACAAAUUUGAUAAUGUGCUCUAUGGUUUCUUUUUCUUUAAGUUUGAUUCAAAGGAGGGUUUGACGAAAGUACUGGAAGGAGGACCAUGGUUAAUACAAAAAGUUCCGCUGUUUCUGAAUGUAUGGUCUCCGAAGGUUACACUUAAGAAAGAUAGUAUCAAAACAGUUCCUAUAUGGGUUAAGUUGCACAAUGUGCCGAUUGCGGUUUAUACUGAUGAUGGAUUGAGCUUGCUGGCGUCGAAGUUAGGGGUUCCUAAAAGGUUAGAUUCUUAUACCGCUGAUAUGUGUGUUGAUAAUUGGGGUAGGAGUAGUUAUGCUCGUGCGAUGAUUGAGAUAAAUGCUGACAAUGAGAUGAAGGAUCACAUUACUGUAGCUAUCCCGAAAAUGGAUGAGGAGGGAUUCAUAUUGGAACGGGUUAAAGUUGAAUAUGAGUGGAGGCCGCUUCGCUGUAGUUCAUGCUGUUUGUUUGGCCAUGAUGAUAAUACAUGUCACAAGAAACCUAAUGGUAAGGCUAGGGUGGUAACAGUUGAUGAGGAGGGAUUUGUUACUGAUAACAGGAGGAUGGCGAGGUACUCGUUUCCUCAAAAAAAGCAAAAACCUAAGGUUGUGUAUAAACCUAAGACUAAUAAAAAUCAUGCAAGUACGUCUGGGACGAAGGGGGAUAGUUCGGAUGUGCCGUUGUCAAACUCUUUUGAGGUGCUUGAUAAUAAUAAGAAUGAUGAGAAAAGGGAUCCGACUAGUGCCAAGUCGAUGAUUGAUGAAACUCAUGGGACUCGUAUACAACAACCUGAUGAAGUUAUCGAGGUGAACCCGACAGAGAUGGCUGAUUUUAUGAGAGAGUCUCAUGUGGAUGUUAACAAGCUGAAUAAGAUAUGUGAAAAGGUUUUUCGAAAUUGGAAGUGGACAUCGAACGGAGGUAUGUGUCAAAGAGGUACGAGGGUUAUAUUGGGGUGGAAUGUGGAUGAUAUUGAUCUUAUGGUUAUAUCCCAAUCAGACCAGGUUAUUCAUACUCAGGAUAGGAGAAGCUUGUGGGCUGAUUUGUGUAGAUUUAAAGGCAUCACCCAUGACACCCCUUGGGUUGUAAUGGGUGAUUUCAACGCUGCUUUGAAUAUGGAGGAUUUUGUGAUGGGGCCAUCAUCCCAUACUAUAGCUAUGCGAGAAUUUUUUGAGUGUAUUCAAGAGGCAGAAUUGCUUGAUGUUAAGAGUCAUGGGUUGCAUUAUACUUGGAAUCAAAAACCAAGGGAUGGGGUAGGAAUGCUAAAGAAAAUUGACCGUAUUAUGGGUAACAUCAAACUUAUUGAUGUUUUUUCGGAUGCUUAUGUUAUAUUUCAGCCGUUCCGUGUUUCUGAUCAUGCUCCUGCUAUUUUGAAGUUAUUCUCCAUGUCUACGGACCGGCCUAAACCAUUUAAAUUCCCGAAUUUUAUUAUCACAAAGCCAGAGUUCCGCCAAGCUGUUAUAUCUGAAUGGAAUAAAACCGUGGAGGGGGCUACCAUGUUUUCUGUGGUUAUGAAAAUGAAGAGCCUGAAAACGCAUUUUCAGAGGAUAUUGCGUAAUCAAGGUAAUCUACAUAAAAGAGUUACAGACUUACGGAAUGAGCUUGACCAGAUUCAAAAACAGGUGGAAGCUCAUCCUUUUGAUGCUUCUAUUCGGUUAUUGGAGGCUAGCUGUUUACGUGAUUUUAAGUCAGCGGUUUAUGAUGAGGAGUGCUUCUUGAAACAAAAAUCUAAAGUGCAAUGGUUAUGUGCGGGUGAUUCAAAUACGUCUUACUUUCAUAAUUGUGUGAAGAGUAGGAAUGCUAGAAGUAAAAUCAAUUGCAUUAAGGAUAUGAAUGGGAGCCAGUAUGAGGGAGAUUAUGUUGCGGCUGCUUUGUUGAACCAUUAUUCAGGUUUCAUGGGCACUCAAGAUCGAGUGACGAGGUUGGAUGAGACAGAUUUGUUCGUUAAUGUUUUGCAGCAGAAUGUGGCGGAGAAUAUGGUUAGACAGGUCACUGAUGAUGAAGUUAAACAGGCUAUGUUCAGCAUAGGGGAGAACAAGGCUCCAGGUCCAGACGGAUACACUUCAGCAUUUUUUAAAAAUGCCUGGGAUGUUGUGGGUGGUGAAGUUACUAAGGCGGUGUGUGAUUUUUUUAAUAAUGGGCAAAUUCUUAAGCAAAUUAACCAUACGAUUUUAGCGUUGGUACCAAAGAUUGAUACGCCAAAUUCAGUUCUUGAUUACAGGCCAAUAUCAUGUUGUAAUGUGAUAUAUAAGUGGGUAAAGGGUUACCCCGGUGAAUUUUAUAUAUAA